GUGUUUUCUGAAGUCGUGUUCAGAUCGUUAACUGUCCUUACAAGUCUUUGGAUCUGUGCCUCAACAAACAAUACCAAAACUCUCGGUCAACCCAUCUGAUGCAAAGCCUUGCUUCUGGGUUGGAUCAAAGUCUUCACCUUUUCCGGUAAUUCUCCCCCACCGAAACCCAAAACUUUGAUGAUCAUCACACGCAUUGAUCUCCCUCCUAAAUCUGAUCUGGGUAUGCUUAAUCUCCCUCCUCAUUGCUGUCCUCGAUCCCUGCAUUUUUCGGUUGUGUCAUGAAUACAUAUCCCAACAAGGCAUCAUCGUACUAUGCUUACCAAAGAGGUAACGAUUUUGAUCUAGAGUCAGGUUCCGUCAGAAAAUCCAGUAGAAAGCCCAAGAGAAUGUUCGGAAACCGCAUCCACCACUUGUUCAAACUCCACCCGAUCCUCGUCUCCAUCCUCCUCGUCUCUUUCGGGAUCACGGUUCUGAUCUUCGUAUCGUCGAUAUACGAGAGCCAGUUUCGUCCGGCUGUUGCUUACAAGAAGAACGAUCUGGAUAACGACGAUGUGUAUCCGUUUGCGAAUCUAAAGAACCUCGUGAUGGUUGCUGGACAUUCUGUUUACACGAGCAGUAACUGCGGCAAGAUCGAUGAAGAGGAGUCGUGGUUCUUGGAGUCUUAUCAGAAGCAUCCGGGCCAGGCCGCGACGUUUUUGAGUCAUAUAGAGGAAGGUGUUGAGGCUGCGGGGAGAGAUGAUGAGGCUUUGCUUCUGUUCAGUGGAGGAGAGACUCGUAAAGAAGCUGGGCCCCGCAGUGAAGCUCAGAGUUAUUGGGCUGUCGCUGAGUCUAAAGGAUGGUUCGGGAAAGAUGAUGUGAGGUCAAGGGCAUUGACGGAAGAGCAUGCGAGAGACAGCUUUGAGAACCUUCUCUUUAGUGUUUGUAGAUUCAGAGAGCUCACUGGCUCUUACCCACACAACAUAACAGUAGUGAGCUAUGAUUUUAAGGAGGAGAGAUUUGCGCAUUUACAUCGGUCAGCAAUGGGGUUUCCGGAAUCAAGAUUCAAAUACUUGGGAACGCCAGCCUCGCUCGAGUCCAAAGAAGGCGCUCUGAAAGGGGAGGCUAUGGUGAGAGCUCAGUUUCAAGAAGAUCCGUACGGAUGCGUUGGUUCGCUUUGGCGUAAGAAGCUGAAGCGUGACCCUUUCCACAGGACUAUACCUUACCCUAAUGGAUGCCCUGAGAUUAGAGGAUUGUUCAGGUACUGUGGUUCAGCUCCUUUCCCUGGCUCUCUCCCAUGGGACUGAUCUUUUUGUCAGACCUAUAUAAACUAGACUUUUGCUUAGAGGAGGAACCAAUACUUGAUCUAGAGCUUGGUCUCUUUUUGUUUUUUUGUUUUUGUUGUUUUGGCUUAUGUUCAUUAAUGUAAAAGAAAAACUUCAGAAGAGAACUUUAAACUGUAUUGAAAUGAAGAUUACCUGGAA